AUGGCACUUUCUAGAAUUCCAUGGCUGCCGGAAGGUUCUCUGGCUGCUUGGACCAAUGUCACGUCCAGGAGCUCAGCGCCGAUUCGAGAUGCCGCACGUUCGUGCGGGAUCACGUUGACCAAGAGGAAUGUGAUGGCAUGGGUGGAUGAGGAUCUGCUGGUGCUGGAGCAUUCUGGCCAACCACCGACGGCGCACUCGUCCAUGCACAAGCAACGUCACCGCAGACCGGACGGAAUCUUCCACUGUCAAACCCCGGCAUCGCCACCGAAAUGGUGCGAGUCUCACACUAUCGACGAUUUUGCGGUCGCCGAGCUGUCUGUCCUUGACCUCGUGCACGGGUAA